AAAAAACAAAACAGGGAGAGCCUCACACUUAAAAGCUAAGUCAAAAAACCGGGAAAGGGUUUGACAAUGGAGACGAUAGGGUUUUUGGGAAUGGGAAUAAUGGGGAAAGCUAUGGCCAUUAACUUGCUCCGCCAUGGCUUUAAGGUCACUGUUUGGAAUCGCACUCUUUCCCGGUGUGAUGAGGUAGUCAAACUUGGAGCUUCUUUAGGGGAGACUCCUGCAGCAGUAGUUAAAAAAUGCAAGUAUACAAUUGGAAUGCUCGCCGACCCUUCUGCAGCUCUCUCGGUGGUUUUUGACAAGAAUGGUGUUCUUGAGGAAAUAUGUGAUGGAAAGGGUUAUAUAGACAUGUCAACUGUUGAUGCUGAUACUUCUUCAAAAAUCAACGAGGCAAUUAUAUCUAGAGGUGGUACUUUCCUUGAAGCCCCAGUCUCGGGCAGCAAAAAGCCUGCUGAAGAUGGGCAGUUGGUUAUCUUAGCAGCCGGGGAGAAGGAUUUAUAUGAUCAAGUACUUCCUGCUUUUGAUGUCUUGGGAAAGAAAUCAUUUUUCUUGGGAGAGGUUGGGAAUGGUGCAAAAAUGAAACUUGUUGUUAACAUGAUAAUGGGCAGCAUGAUGAAUGUAUUUUCAGAAGGACUUGUAUUGGCUGACAAAAGUGGAUUGGAACAACAAACUCUCCUUGAUGUGUUGGAUCUUGGGGCAGUUGCUAAUCCAAUGUUCAAGAUGAAAGGUCCUUCCAUGAUAAAAAACAAUUAUUCUCCUGCAUUCCCUUUGAAACAUCAACAGAAGGACAUGAGGCUGGCUCUUGCCCUUGGGGAUGAAAAUGCAGUGUCAAUGCCCCUUGCAGCUGCUGCAAAUGAGGCAUUCAAGAAGGCAAGGAGCAUGGGGCUGGGUGACCUCGACUUCUCAGCUGUGCAUGAGACCGUCAAGCACACCAAGAAGACUUGAUUCUGCAAUUUUAUUAGCAUACAGGCCUUGUGGACAUCUAUGAGACAUGACCAUUCCUUCACUUUCUUUUGUGUCACCAUGCCACAAAACUCUUUCUUGUACACUCAUUUUAUCUCUGUCUCUCUCGCUACACGUACCAUAGACAGAUCUCACUCUUUAUUUAUGAUUAUAACUCAAUUUAUCUCCUUCUAGGUAACUUUCCGGCCGGUUCGGAGAAGCUAGUGAUGAAGUUUUUUUAAAUUUCAUUGAACACUCACUAUUACUACACAAAGAGUUGUAUUGUGAUCUUUCACAUUGCUCAUUUAUUCACUCAAACGAUUUGAGAUUAUAGUUUUAAUGAGUCAAUGCUUCUACCACCAUUGGAACUCGAACUUGGGUGAACUUCUGCAAAAAGUGAACUUCAUACUACUUAGGUCAAGGAAGAAGUUCAUUAUAUAUGCAAAUUUAUGUAAAAAAGGGAUGCAUAUCUG